AUGAUGCGACGUCCUCACAGAAUACUGGCGACAAAAAACUUGCUAGCGUUGUGUUUCACCGUGUGGAUGAGCAACGGCAGUGCCAUUUGUUCCCUAUCAGUACGGCAAAAGUGCUGUUGCAUUAUUCGUAUGAGCCAGGAGAGCACCGCAUCGUUUUCAAGGGGAAAAGCUAAGUGCGCGAGAUAUCGAAUUUAUAUUAUAACCCUCAUCAUCAUCAUAGCCUAUAAGUGCCCACUGCUGAGCAAAGGCCUCUUCUCAUACGGAGAAGAUGAACCAGGUUUCAGCGCGCCGAUAGCGAAUGUGACCGCGCCACUCGGUCGGGAGGCAAUACUCGCGUGCACCGUACACAACCUCUCCACGUACAAGGUCGCGUGGUUGAGGGUAGACACGCAGACCAUUCUCACAAUCCACACGCACGUGAUAUCGAGGAGUCGAAGAGUGGGGGUGACUCACAGCGACCACCGGACCUGGUUCCUGCACAUUCGGGAGCUGCGGGAGACCGACAGAGGAUGGUACAUGUGCCAGAUAAAUACCGACCCUAUGAAAUCACAACUCGGAUACCUAGACAUCGUCGUACCACCUGACAUUCUCGAUCGAGGCACGAGCACGGACCAGACAGUUCGGGAAGGCGCUUCGAUAAAUUUAACAUGUGCUGCCACGGGAUCGCCGCAUCCGCAAAUUACUUGGCGAAGAGAACAUUCCAAACCUAUUACCAUCUCAGACGGAAUGCAAGUGACGUCAUUUGAAGGUCCGGAGCUGAAUAUAAGUCGGGUGACCAGACAACACGCGGGGGCUUAUCUCUGCAUUGCUUCAAACGGAGUGCCACCUACAGUUAGCAAAAGGAUAAUGCUUACAGUACAGUUCCCUCCAGUGAUAACGAUAAGGAAUCAGUUGGUGGGGGCAGCCCUAGGCACGGAGCUUGUACUGGAAUGCGAGACUGAAGCGUAUCCUAAACCCGUCAGCUAUUGGAGCAGAGAUAAUGGCGAGAUCGUUCCAGUUGACCUUGUCGAAGUGGUUGGGCUUCCGACUGCAGCACAAUGUGUCGGCGGUUCGGUUAGUUCUCGCACGGGAUAUCGCUUCGUGCGAUCUACAAAAUGUUGA